AUGUGGGUGGUGAUCUCGUCCCCUCCGGCGGAGAUGGCCCGAAUGCAGGGCUUCCUGUUGCGGCAGUCCUUCCUGCGAGACAGGCAAAGCGAGGCCCUGUUGCAGCCCUUUGCCAUGCUUCGUGGCCUGCGAGAGGACUACGUGCUUCAGGUCUUCCGGCGCGCCCGUGGCAGGAGCUCGUUUUCGCCCUGGAGCUUCCCCGUGCCGGCGCUUUGCAGCUUGACCAUAGUGUCUGCGAUUUUUCCUGAGCGGUGCUAUUUCGGUACGACUUACGGGUGCUCCAACGAGGCUCACAUUUGGGUCACCGACGGCUGCAACGCCUGGUUCCGGCGCGGCGGCAGUCAGGGCGCUUGCAUCAGCGACGCAGGGCAGGCUGUGAAGCGCAGCGAGUGGAGCUACGACAAGGUGAUGUCGCGACAGUUUGUGGAGUGCUUUCUUCCUGAAGUCCCAGAACCAACUGGACGCCAGGUCAUGGAGAUUUGUGCCGCGGACCAGGAUUCCCUUGACCUGGAGCUGGUUGAAGACGACCACUGGCGCAGCCCGCGGAUUCCUGUGGGUCAGCACCAGGCCAUGCUGUCCGUGCGCUUGCCCUUCGACGCAGUACUGGAGGUGUCCACCUACUCGGCGCAGCUGCGCAACUCAGGCUGGGCGUCCGCGGUGCUGCAGCUGGACGGGGAGUGUCGGGCGUGGAACGUGGUGCCCUUUCUUGGCUUCCACAUCAGCUUUGAGAUUUGGAACGCGUCCACUCGCGGCCGGGAGCGGCUGCUGCUGGCGAAGUCCAGGAUGCCGCAGUUUGCCUCCUUCAUGCCGAUGGCCUGGUCGGGCGCAGACUUAAGGGUGAGGUCCUCGAUGGUGCACAAGGAAGGCAUUCUGGGGAUGUACGACGUCAUGGACCCCGGGUCUCACUGGGGCAACGGAUCCCGGAUCUGGCAGGAAGCAGGCCGCCUGCAGCCUGGCCGUUCCCUGGAGACCGCGCUCCGGCGCGCGGACGGCCUGGCGGCGCUGAUUUUGGCGCUGCGUCUGGCGGUGGCGUGGAUGCUCCAGGAGAAGGUGCCAGCUGCGCUGCUGGCGGCGGUUUAUUCUGCCGUGCAGCUGGCGGAUGGUCCGCUGAGGGACGACGCCGUGCAGCUCCUAGAGGACACCAUGAAAGAGCCCGGUGACACUGCUGGCCCAGUGCAAGUGCUGCACGGAGCAUUCCCGCGAUUGGUCUUCAGCUACUGGGCCCCUAAAGGACAACCGCCGAAGAACACGCUCACCAUGCACGACAAACGGCUGGCGCCACCGCCGCAGUGGGAGCCUACAGGCCUCAAGAUCCCAGCCCCAGAGGCAGUUUCGGUGUUUAUUCACAGCAACUUCGGGCAGACGACGGACAGCGAUGGCGCGUUGCAGUUCUGGCGUGCGGCUGUUGGUCAGUACCCAGCAUUGGCGGACUGUAGUGUGGAGCACUGUGGGAAGCUGCCGCAGGAGCGCUUCGUUUUUUGUCCUGAGCAAGUAGAGAGGCUUCUGCUGCUGUGGAUGGAGUGGCGGCGGCGCCUUCGACGAGCCGGGCUGCGCAAGGUUGGUGAAGCAGACGGGGGCGCAACCACGGUCCCGAGCGUCUACGAGUAUUUGGACGUGGCAGAGUUGCUGCAGUCAAGCCGAGGUAGCAGCGGCCUGGCGUGUGGGCAUGAGAGCCUUUAG